AUGUUCUGCCGAGGACGGAACGUAGUCCCUCACCGAGAGAGAGCGCGCGCGCCGAGGUAUGUCACGAAGCUAUUCGGAACCCCGUGGCUCGGUCCGCACAGCGGAGGCACGGGUCUGAAGUGA